AUGGAAGCUUGUCACCCUCAAGAUAAAUUUAAUAUCACUUUAUACGAUGUCAUCACUAUGGUCAUCAUCACACCUCAGGCAUUUGCUGGCAUGUGGAUAAAUGCUUUCAUUAUUGCUGUGCUUUGUGGUACUUGGCUCAAAAAGAAAACCUUCAACUCUAAUGAGAAGAUCUUGCUGGUUCUGGGGUCCUCCAGGUUUUGGUAUUUGUGCACUACGUGGAUAUAUUACUUUCUUUCAGUAAUUUAUCCCUGGUGCUUUUAUGUUCAACCCAUACCCCAACUUUUUUCAGCUCUUUAUAACUUUUUUAAUUGUUCCAAUUUGUGGGCUUCUGCUUUUCUUUGUGUUUUUUAUUGUAUAAAAAUUGCAACUUUCAGGCACAUCUUCUUCAUCUACCUGAAAGUAAAAAUUGACAGGAUCGUACCAUGGCUGUUACUGGGUUUACUGCUUUCAUCCCUGUUCCUCUGCAUCCUUGCCUAUGACUUCACUGAUAAAACAUGCUGCCAAAACCUCACUUCCACCAGCCUAGGAAAUCUGUGGGUAUCAAGUGUCAGAAUGGAUGAACAUAUUUUCCCUCUUUUUUGGAGUGUAGGCGGCUUCUGA